UCUCUCACUCUCAACUAUCUAAUUUUGCCACAUUUUAUUGUGAUAGUGUCUAUGGGUUUGUUCGUUUUUUAAAUAUGCCAUCUGCGGACAGUGAAAUCAAAUCUAGUUGGGCUGAUCAAGUAGAACAAGAUGAAGAUGAUUUGCCACCACCAUCUGAGUGCAUAGAAGGUGACACAAAAGUGGUGACUGAAUAUAAAGUGAAUGAUGAAGGAAAGAAAGUAAAGGUUGUUCGUUAUUACAAGAUUGAACAUAGGAAAGUCUCCAAAACUGUGGCAAAACGGAAGACCUGGAAAAAGUUUGGUGAAGCUCGAAAUGACCCUCCAGGACCAAAUCCCACAAACACUGUAGUUUCUGAAGAAAUUUUCAUGCAGUUUCUAAGCAACAAAGAGGAAGAAAGACAGACUGAUGAUGAUCCACUUAACAAACUUAAAGGACAAAAAAUUGUUAAAUGUAGAAUUUGCAAGGAUGAUCACUGGACUACACAGUGUCCAUUCAAGGACAAGCUUGGAGCUUUACCUGACUUGUUAAAGGAUGAUACCAAUCCUGGCUUCUUAGCUGCUACAGCAACUACAGCUGCUGCUACACCCUCAACUUCCCAGGUUGAGGAUAAGAUGAAAGCUGGCAAAUAUGUUCCACCUAGUAUGAGAGAAGGAGCCAAUCGCCGUGGAGAAUCAAUGGUCUCUUCACGCAACAGAGAUGAUGCUGCUACUAUCAGAGUGACUAAUCUUUCUGAGGAUGUGAGAGAUUCAGACCUUCAGGAUCUAUUCCGGCCAUUCGGAAACAUUGCUCGCAUUUAUUUAGCAAAAGACAAGGUUACUGGACACUCAAAGGGUUUUGCUUUUAUAAAUUUCCUGCGUAGAGAAGAUGCUGCACGAGCUAUUGCUGGUGUAAAUGGAUUUGGUUAUGAUAACCUUAUACUGAAUGUGGAGUGGGCUAAGCCAUCUGGCACUAGUUGAAAAGGAUCCAUUCCAGGCAGUAAGCUUAUCUUCACGUGAAUCAGCAAAUGGAAUGUAAACUCCUGUAUGAUUUAGUAAUAAAAGUUACUUUGAGGCUGACA